CUAGAACUAAAAACUGCCAGAAAUGAUCCACUUAUAAAUAUGUUUUGAAGUAUGCUAGUAAAGCAAAACGACGGUCCUUAGGGUCCUUAGCCUUCUCAGAAGUGUUGGACAAAGCUCUUCGUAAUGAUAACCCAAUGAUCCAGCUGUUAAAGCAUUCCAAUAAAAUUAAUGAUGAUCCUAAUGAACCUGCUGUGGAUGAUAUAGAAGUUGAUGGUAUCAACGAUUCUGAUGAAGAAGACGACACACCACAGGAAACGUAUGAACUUCGAACUGACUGGAUGUUAUUGGCUGAAAUGAUGUCAAAUAGACAGACGCGUAGCUUAGAUGACUUUAGUGCCCCUCUAGUAAUAGCUACGUUGACGAAAGUUUGCUACGAUAUCCUGAAAUUGAAGAGGCAGAAAGCUUCAUCCAGCAAGCAAUUGGUAACUCAACUUCCUCCGAUAUGUGGUGUUCUCAUGUAUUCUCAGGACUCUCGAAAAUCAGAUCAUUUAUCUGAGGUCGUAGUGCCUAUAGUCAAUUUCAAGAAAUUUAUAAACUUGAGGCUAUGCAAAGACAAACAGGUUACUCGGAUAAACAACAACAAUUCAGAAAUCUUUCAUAUCACUUACGUGAUGAAAGUCUACAUGAUCCGACUGGGAAUUAUUAAUGACGCGAAUCCAGAAAAUAUUUCUGAAUCAGAUAUAAAAACUUCUUCAGAUGCCAUCAAAUGUUCUAGCAACAUGGGAAGAAGUGGAUAAGGGUGGAUCUGAAACUUCUAAGG